AGUCUCUUCUGUUGUGAGCUGCGCAGAACUGUGCGGCCAGUUCUGGUUCUAGUUCUGAACUGACUGUUCACUCUUCUUCCUGAACCUCUGACUUUUCCUGUGGAUCGGAACAUUUUCCUUCUCCAUGAAGAACAAAGGCGGUGUGAGAGGGCUGCUGCCAUGCUUCCUUAAGGACUGGGAAAUGCAUGUCCACUUCAAAGUCCAUGGUACCGGGAAGAAGAAUCUCCAUGGAGACGGCAUCGCCUUGUGGUACACCCGAGACCGCCUUGUACCAGGGCCUGUGUUUGGGAGCAAAGACAACUUCCACGGUUUGGCCGUCUUCUUGGACACAUAUCCCAAUGACGAGACCACUGAGCGUGUGUUCCCGUACAUCUCGGUGAUGGUGAACAAUGGCUCUCUGUCGUAUGAUCACAGCAAAGAUGGGCGCUGGAGCGAGUUGGCAGGCUGCACGGCUGACUUUCGCAACCGGGACCACGACACCUUCCUAGCUGUGCGCUAUUCCCGGGGCCGCCUCACGGUGAUGACCGACCUGGAGGACAAGAACGAGUGGAAGAACUGCAUCGAUGUCACAGGGGUGCGCCUGCCUACUGGCUACUACUUUGGAGCCUCUGCUGGCACCGGCGACCUGUCUGACAACCACGACCUCAUCUCCAUCAAGCUGUUCCAGCUCACAGUAGAGCGCACACCUGAGGAGGAGAGCAUCGACUGGACCAAGAUCGAGCCUGGUGUCAACUUCCUCAAGUCCCCUAAAGACAAUGUGGAUGACCCCACUGGAAACUUCCGAGGUGGGCCCCUGACGGGGUGGAGGGUGUUCCUGCUGCUGCUCUGCGCCCUCCUGGGCAUCAUCGUCUGUGCUGUGGUGGGCGCCGUGGUGUUUCAGAAGCGCCAGGAGCGGAACAAGCGUUUCUACUGAGAGAGGCCGGUUUGGCUGGGAAGGGCCUGACCUUUGGGUCAGGGCUCUCACGUGAACUCUUUUCUACUGGGAUUGUAAAAACCAAGCAACCUUAUUUCUUAACUGUUUCGAAGAAAUAAUUAAAGUAUUUUCGUACAUUUUGCUUCUUGCCCAGCUGAGACAGCUGGCAGGGCCGGGUCAGGGUUUAGCAUCCCCACAGCUGGAGGGUUUUGCCCCAUCCCAAGGCUUGCUCUUGGGGACAAGGGAGUCUGUAUUUGGGGCCCAGGUGAGGCCCUGUGUACUCACGGGAUGGCUUAGGGCUCCAGGCAGUGGUUUUGUUCUGAGGCCUGUGGUAGCAAACAGGGUUUGGGAUUCCGGGCCUUCCUGCUUCCCGGUAACUUUUUACGAAGGCAGACCUCAGCUAAGGCUGGAGGACCGUUCAAUAGGGCCAGGGUGUGACAAUUUACUAAAUAAAGUGGCCAAUCUCAGCCUUGUGCCUGUCCUAAAGCCUUUUUUUUUUUUUUAAUUUCUGGUGAUUCCUAAUCCCUUCUCUCUGUCCUAGAGAGAUGGUGGCUGUCACGUCACCAGGAGGGGAACUAUGACUCUCAGGUCAAGCAAGACUCACGCAGUUUUGCCUAGUAUGCAAUGUUGUAGGAAUAGGGUACUGUACACAGGAUGUGACCUCAGCCCAGGGCACAAGCACUGGGGAUGGAGAAGAGCAAUGCAGAAAUCUUGAGGAGACUGAGGUGAUCUGAAAGGAGCUGCUGAGAUGAAGACAGCUGGGGUCAACAGUGCUGUUCCCUUUGUACCUCGAGGGAACAAAGCCGGGGACUGAGUGGAGGGUAAGCAUCCCCACAGCCAGCUUCCAGCCUUCACCACCCAGGGGUCCUACAUGGAGAAUCAUCAUGUCCUCUCCAGUCCAGCUCUGGUCACUACCCUGUCCCUCCCUGGGGACUUACCGAGUCUGUCUCCUUCCUCAUCAUCUCCUUCCACACAAUCAAGCAGUGCUUGGUCUGUUACCGCACAAGCAAAGGCGGCCAUCUCUGCAACGUGGCUUCUACAGUUCACUUCAUAGCUGCAAGUCUUGGUGGAAGCCCAUGGAGUAAACACAGCUUUUUCGUACCACCAUCUCCAACCUCUCUCAGCAGAGCUGUUCACUGAGCUGCUAGGAGCCAUCUGUCCUGGUCAGAAACUGCCCAUGGUUAGGUAGUCGCAGUAACCGCCAGCAUCCAGCUUCUUCCCAGGGUUAGCCUGUCACAAGCCUCAGAGGAACCCCAUUCCUUCCUUUGACGCAUGCUUACUUACUGUGACACUUACCUGGUGGGGUGUCAAGAGUUACACGACAGUGAGGCCUGGAGCCCAGGCCAGGCUUCUGCGGUCGGGAUUGACCCUUAGUUCUUGGUUCUAACUUGGCCCUUCCUGGUGCUCCGAGUUAUUAGAAUCCAGGUUCACCACUGGUUAGAGCCACCCUGACAGCCGCUGCUGCAGAGUUGGGAGAGGACUCCGUCAGUAAGACACUUGGAUCACAGUCCUGGUGGCUGAUGGUCUCUGGGGCGCACUAGUCCCUGGGGGACUUCUGUGCCAGAGGCACACGGCAUUCCCAAAGGUCACACCUGAAGCUGUCCAGAGGUCUCCACACAUAUGGAACUAAAAAGCAAAAAAACCGGCUUUCUCCACAUUUGGCCUAGUAAGCCUUGUGGGGCAGGACCAGGGCGGGGUCAGUGAUGAAUCUCAGACUUAGGUGCCAGCACUUAAAGUGACGGUAGGGCUGUUUUACCUUCCAGGGGGGGUCUCCAUCUGCCAUUGCAUAGCCUCACUGUACUUGUGAGGAGUUGUUUCUAAGUUCAUCCCCAGAGUUGUCUGUUUUCACACAGGAAUGAUUCCACAAUUACUUUUUUUGUCAUAUGCUCCUAACAAUGGAGUUUCUCCUCAUGACUGAAGCAUAAACGCAGUGUUGGAAAUGCACGGCUGCUCACUCGUGGCCUCUUCUGUCUCCUCCCCACCGAGAUGAUGGUUGGUGAAGUUUUUCCUUAACUUGUAGAUUUAAAAAGCUUUUAAAUAGUGUUUGGAUGUGUUCCUCAGCUCUUCAGGGCCUGGACAUGUGGCCCAGGACACCUUCUGGUGCGCAUGCUGGUGACUGCAAGGUGGCCUCUGGCUUAGACAUGGUGCGGGCCCAAGUGUUCGUGAGCCGUGUUCUCACGCGACAGGAGAAGUUCGGGUCUGCAGCUCGCUCGCAGUUGCCAGUUUGCUAGCCAGAGCUACACUGCACUGUGAAGAGAAUUGUCCUCCCCUUCCACCCCCUCAACACGGGGCAUCAGAGUUCUGCUCGGGGGUGGGAAGCUUUGCCGUGUGCUUCUCUGCAUCGGGCCAAGGGUCUCUGGUACCGGUCAGGGGCGUCCUCCGAUGCCUCGGUUCCAGCCCCUUUUACUGAUGGGGAGGGAUUCUUGCUUUCAGCCGUCUGGUUCCACGCUUUGCAGAGGUUCCUUCCCACACGCUUGGCUUCCUGAUUUGGUAAUGAUGUCAUCUGACGUGCGACCUACACUUAAACAGCACUUGCUAAUAUUUUCCAAAGAUGAUUUUCCUGAAGGUUUCUAACUUCAGCCUUUAAAAAUCGGCACUUUGUUCAAGUGGGACUUGCACAGUGCUGACGUCAUCGUCCCUGCUGUCUCCACCCCAGUUGUGGCCGAACCUUUCUGACUCAUCCUCCAGCACCCAUGGCUGGUCCCCAGACACCCACUCUUGGUUCUGCCCCUUUCUCUCCUCAUCGGCUGGGAUGCUUCUCUUCCCAGCUUCCUUCCAGCAAGGGAGGUCCUGUGAGCUGUGGCUCGGGAGAGCCGAGGACAUGAGGUGCGGAAGGUCCUCUCUUCCUGCCCGGAAUGGGGUAGGACCCUGAGGGUGCAAAAACACCUGUGACAAACAGGACUGGAGUGAGCGCACAUCUGUUAGACAGGGGGCCCUGCCUCAAGCCUUGGAUGGUCAACUGCUGGGGUUUUUUGUUUUUUUUUUGGGGGGGGUGUUUUUUUUUUGUCUUGUGUGUGUGAAAGAAAUAAAUCCCUAUUUGUUCAAA